GCUAAGAAGAUGAUGAGUCUGAUGAGCGGUCGUGGUGAUUUAGAAUCAGCUUCCUCCUCGUCUUCAUCGCUCAGCCUGGGACUCAAGAAGAGCAAAAGGAAACUGUACAGACCUGAGAUCUCCUCCCCGAUGGACAUGCCCUCACAUCCAAUAAUCAGCAGAACGCCGGAGGAGAAAGAGAGCGACCAUCAGAUCAUCAAGAGACGUCUUCGCACGCGGACGCCUAAACAUUGAGCCUCCUUAUGAACUCACACUCUGACCAGACGAAGGUAGCAUUAGGCUAUUAUCUUAAUUUAUAUUUAAUCUAAAAAGUGCAUAUUUGAAUAGUUAAAUAGGGAGGUUUUAGAAGAGGUGAAAUCACUAACUGGUUAAAGGAACAGUUCAACAUUUAGUUGAUUAGAAUGUUUUCUCUGAUCGAAGGACUCGCUGAUGAGCAUGCUUUAAAGAAUGCUUGUCUAGUUCUUGACAAUGUGUGGUUAUGCUGGAGGCUCGUUGCUUUUUGUUCAAGAUGUUGUGAUUGUUUUCCAACCUUACUGAAUGCUUCUGUGAACGGCAGAAAAACACGUCACUGAUUUUAUUUUCUAGAAUAAUCAAAGCUGCUAUUAGAGCUCCGGGAAGUUCACAUUGUUUAACGUUUUCCCAACGGUUUAGAUAAGACGUUUAUAGAAGAGGAUUAAGCCCACAUUGUUUUUUAAGAUCUGACCAAAAGUGAAUUCCGGGAAAAGUCAGAUUUCUUUUUCUAAGAAUUGAAGAAAGAAACUCAGAUUUAAAGUCAAUGUUUCCUUUUUUUUUCAAAUGUUCUUUUUGUAUAACCGUUGGACGUUUCCUAUGUUUGUUUCGAAACCCAACACUCUUGAUUUUGUCUCGGAAUUAAAAUUAGAAUCUAAAAAGUCAGAUAUCAAAACAAUCCACAUCUGGCUCUUCCGUAUAAGUUAGAUAUUCGAGACGCUGUAUUAUAUUCUGUAUUUAUCUGUACAUCAGCACUGCUAAGUGAACUCUCACUGCACUUUAUUCUUUAUUUCUAACAAGCUCAACCAGGAACAACAUCCUCUUUGUUUUUACUGAAACUCAUUUCUUCAGCUUUAGAGCGCCGAGUGUUUUUGUUUCUCGCUGAAGAACAGCCGAGAGUUUCUCUGUUCCCGAGGUUCAUCUCAACAUUCCGUCUGAAAUGGUGCACUUUUCUCUUGAUUAUUGUUGUUAUCAUGCUUUCCUCCUUUUUGAAACCUUGUUCUUAAAGUCUUAUCAGUCAUUAAAAUACCAGACUUCUU